AUGGAGACUGAUGAUGUACCGCCUGUGACGCCACAAGACAACCUCGACGAUACGCUCGGAGGCUUGGAUGGCUCGCCGCAGGUAGCUUCGACACACCACAACAACGGCAUACACGAGCACGAGCCGCAAUCGCCGGGCGGGCCAUUACACCACUACCAGCACCACGACGACGACCCGGCCGCCACGCGGUACACGCCGCCCGUACCGGGCACCAGCAGCGGCAGCGCACCGCCCUCAGCGGCGCCCGGCUCGCGGGCCGGCAGCGAAAUGUCGAACCCGUCGCAGCACCAGGCGCACGGCGAGUACGCCGGCAGCCGCCAGGGUUCGGGCGAGCCCACGGCGCCCAACGGCCGCAACCACGUCGUCAUCAAGGUCGGCAUGGUCGGCGACGCGCAGAUUGGCAAGACGUCGCUCAUGGUCAAGUACGUCGAGGGCAGCUGGGACGAGGACUACAUCCAGACGCUCGGCGUCAACUUUAUGGAAAAGACCAUUUCCAUCCGCAACACGGAGAUUACAUUCUCCAUCUGGGAUCUCGGCGGCCAGCGCGAGUUUGUCAACAUGCUCCCGCUGGUGUGCAACGACGCCGUCGCCAUUCUCUUCAUGUUCGACCUGACGCGCAAGAGCACCCUCAACAGCAUCAAGGAGUGGUACAGGCAAGGCCGCGGCUUCAACAAGACGGCCAUUCCCAUCUUGGUCGGCACCAAGUACGAUCACUUUGUCAACUUUCCGAUUCAAGAUCAGGAAGAGAUUUCCAACCAGGCACGACGUUUUGCAAAGGCGAUGCGAGCUGCUCUCAUCUUUUCAAGUACUAGCCAUAGUAUCAAUGUGCAAAAGAUUUUCAAGAUUGUCUUAUCCAAGGCCUUCGAUCUCAAGUGCACGAUUCCCGAAAUCGAAAACGUCGGCGAGCCGCUACUACUGUACCAAUCUGUUUGA